CUUGUGCUUUUGUGUAUUUAGUGCUGCGCGCGAGUUCGAGCUGUGGACAGCUUUUGGCGUUGUUGUUGGAUGUGGAUUAAAAAUGAACUCACGCGAUCGACAAUUCUGGACAGAGUUUCUGGAGCUCUAUCGCUCGCUGCCGGCUGUGUGGAAGGUCAAGAGUCCGGAGUACAGCAGCCGUGCUCUGAAAUCAGCCGGCUACGAGCAGCUGGUGCAGAAGCUGCGCGAGGUGGAGCCGGACGCGGAUCGCGCUCUCGUGGUCAAAAAGAUCAACUCGUUUCGCACAAACUUUCGUCGUGAUUUGCGCAAGCGCGAUCACUGCAGCGACGAGGAGCCGUUCGAAUCGACGCUCUGGUACUUUGAGCUUCUAAGCUUCUUGGAGGGCCAAGAGGAGCACAGCUCGUGUCAGAUCUUGCAAAAAUCUAGCAAUUUUGAUCUUGAAACUCCGCCUGAACUUGUGCGUAAGAAACGUCGCUCUGCUGUCAAAGAUGAAUUUCCUGCUUCACCCACUGCAGCCGAGUUGUGUUCCACUGUCCACUGUCCCACGUCUCCGCUUCGCUCCCCCACCUGCAACAGGCAGCAGCGCAAGCGUUUGUCCACGCUCUCCGAAUCCGAGGCACUCGCUCACACCUGGCUCACUCAGUUCGAGGAGCUGGCGCCUAGACAGAAGCUGCUCGCUCGCAAGCUCAUCUCGGACGUGCUCUACUACGGCUGCAUGCAGCAACUGGAGCCCUGCCACGUCGCCCAACUGCAGCAGAUGAUGAUGAGGCGAAGAAGCGAGCCGCCUCAAGCGAAUGUGGAGGACGAAUCUGUGGAUGUGGAUAGUUAGCCAAAGAGAUUGGACUGGAACUAUAGCUACAAAAUAGUGGGUAGCUAUAAAAUACUGUCUGAAAUGACAAAUAUUAUUUUCUAAUUUAAAAAUAAAUAUAGAUUUAUAUACAUAUACACAAGUAUAUAUUUAAUAUGUAUCUGAGUUUUAUAGGAGAAUUAACAAUUUAGAGGGGGAGAACAGAGAGAGGAACAGAAAAAGUGUGGAUUACAACUAAUAGAAAAAAACUAAUGAAAACUUUUCAGAAAAUCAAAUAAAAUAUUUCUUUAUAGUAUUUGUAUUAUUUCUAUAAAGACCUUAUAAGAUCAAUUUGAUAAUGCCAUCAUCUGAAAACUUUUCACGAAUACAAUUGAAAUCAUCUAUCAACUAUUCAUUGGCAUAUUUCAGUCAAGGUCUAUCAAACAUCUGUUGAAAUGAUUGAAUUAAUCUUUUACAAUCGGAAAUUGCAAUCGUCUGGGCUUUCUGCUUGUCUGAUAAGACAUUUGAUUAGACCCCAAUCGGAAAACACACAGCGCAAACAAAAAGGCGAGCUACAUAUAUUUUUAAUCUCAAUAAAAAUUCUAAACAAUUGCCCAACAAUGGGGCGAAGUACAGCAGGAAAUGAAUAAAUAAAUAAAUGAAUGUGCUUGAAAUGGAAAACAAAUUAACAACGUUUAUUGCCAACAUUGAAAGUUGGUCAAUUCGAUUGGAAAACUUACCAACGAAAUCCAAUUGGAGUGUACGACUGUGUGUGUGUGUGCGUUUGUCAACUCUCCCACUCUCACCUACAACUUCUAAAUGACACUUUUGCUGAGAUCUCUGCAAGGCAACAACAAAAAAAUGCAAAUUUAUUGGCAUUUAAUUUGCAAGUAAGACAAAGAGAGGGCGAGAGAGAGAGAGAGAGCGGAAGAGAGCACUGCCCGCAUACAGUUACGCUGUGCUCGAAAAUAAAAACCAGACUCAGACCC